AUGACCUCCACAAGACAUGAAGGCACAGGUGGUGCUGUCCAUCAUCCUCAUUCUUGUACCAUCUCUAAGUGGAUUUCAUGAAGAUUAAGCCUUCUGGAUGAAGGAAUUUAUGUAUGCUAUGUGGGAACAACAUCUAGAAAAAUCAUAAAUAAAGUCGUACUAAAGGUGGGAGCUUUCGUCACACCUGUGAUGAAGUAUGAAAAGAGGAACACAGACAGCUUCUUAAUAUGUAGUGUGUUAAGUUAUCCUCAUCCACUUAUCACAUGGAAAACUGACAAUACAUCCAUCUCUGAAAGCAAUAUGGAAAAAAUUGAAUCUUCGGGUCCUUUUUAUGUUGACAGUAUGAUAAAUAUUACAGGAUCAAAUUUAUCUUAUGAAUGUGCUAUUGAAAACUCAUUACUGAAACAAACAUGGACAGGGGGAUGGGCAAUGAAAGAUGACCUUCAUAAAAUGCAAAGUGAAAAUUUUUCACUCUCAUGUGAACUUAAUAACAGUAUUUUUUUACUGGAUCAAGACUUCAAAGUCACUUGGUCCAAAGUAGAAAAAGAGACCUCCUCCAUCCUGGCUUACUUUCUGAGCUCCUUACGAAAUACAACUAUCUAUGGACCCCGAGUAUCCUGGAACAAAGAACGAAUAAACCAGACUGACUUUUCCUUGACUUUGAAGGAUCUUAUUCUUUCAGACAGUGGGGAAUACUUAUGCAAUAUUUCUUCAAGCAAAUAUACUUUCCUCACCAUCCAAGCACUGCAUGUAGUAGAAAGGUCUUCUGUCUAUACUGAGAGGGCCAACAUGGCUAAUGCAGAAGAGAGCAAGGCUCUUUCAGAACACCCAGCUAGUACAGGAAAUUAA